CUUCGUACAGCUACAACCUCACCGUGAUAUCGCAAUCUGUGCCACUGCGCGACCGGCUCAGCCUCUUCUCACAGACAAUUCCCUGCACUCCUCCUCGCCCUUUCCGCCUCACCCAACUCUUGGAACUUCCGCCCUCUGCCAGCGAUCCAAGCCGACAUCUCAGACGCCAUGUCGCUGAAGCGCAGUGUCUCCGCCGACACCUCAGACACGGAUUCGAAGAGACCGAAAUUCGCGUCGCGACAAGGCCAAGAUUCGGGCGAGCAGCAGGCCGGAACGACUCACGCUCGGACAGAGGAGGAUGUUUUCCCAGACUUGGUAGACGAAGCGGUGCCUUCUCUCACCCCAACAGUGCACCAUUUUGCCCGCUCCGGCAUCCAGCGGUCCAUUGCUUUGGUGCUGGCGCAUGAUGGAUUUCAAUCCGCAACUCCAGAGGCGCUCGAAAGCUUCACGGGGCUGGUCGAGCAAUACAUGAGCUCCAUCAUGGGAGAAGUCAAACGGCUCGCAAUAGCCUCUCGUCGCGAGCAUCCGAUACCGACAGAUUACGAAACAAUGUUGAAAUACCACAAUAUUUCAGUAUCGUCACUCAAACCGCACGUCAAGAACCGGCUCUACAAUCAAGAUGUGACGGACCGCAGCCUUGUGGCCACAACAGCCGACGACACCUUCACCUCCCUUCCUCUUCUCGGUCCCGAGCUCAGCGGCCAGCCAGACAAGGAGAGCAAGCCGUACAUACCGGCCUCCUUCCCCGGCUUUCCGAGCACGCACACGUACAAGUUCACGCCGCAAGAAGAUAGGAGGACGAGAGAGGCCAAGCAGAUCAGAGAGGAAGCGGCCAAAAGCGCGCAGCUGGGCGAGGACGCGUUGCGAAGACUGGUGCGCGCUUCCAAGAUGCGCAAGCAAAAGGAGGUCAAGUCGCUGGUCGAACGCGACAGCCAUGGCAAAGAGCGCUUCCGGCUGUGGGAAUCGACCAUGAAGCGCUUCAUGGGCGGAGACCGCUUCCGAGAGCACGCCGACAAGGUGGACAUUGCGGACCACAGCAUGAUUGUCAACGCCGAUGCCCGAUUUGCCCGGAGAGAAGUAUCUCGGCUGGGGAAGAAGUCCAGCGCUUCAUAG